GCAUCCCGCAGCCCCGCCGGGGAUGCCGCCGCCCGCCGGGCCCUGAGCGCCGGGACGCCGGCGGACGCCGGCCCCGCUCCGCCGUGCCUCGCCCGGCCCGACCCCACCGGAGCUGCCGCCACCGGCCCAGCCCGCUCGGAAAAUGGAGGUCGUGGAGGCCAGCACCCUUCAGCAGGAGAGGCUGCAGGCCAUUGCGGAGAAGCGGAAACGUCAGACGGAGAUCGAGAACAAGCGGCGGCAGCUGGAGGAUGACAGGCGGCAGCUGCAGCACCUCAAGUCCAAGGCUCUGCGGGAGAGAUGGCUGCUGGAGGGAGCCCCAGCCUCAGGCUCCGAGGAGGACGAAGCCAUGAAGAAGCAGAUGCAGGAGGAUGAGGUGAAGACCAAGGAGCUGGAGGAAACCAUCCAGAGGUUGGAGAAGGAGCUGGAGACACUGGAGAAUGGCAGCUCAGCAGCUUCCACCAAGGAGAACCUGGCAGAAGUGGCAGCACCAGCCAAGGAGGAGAAGGCAGAGCCCAUCCCCAACACACAAAAGAGUCCCCUGGGCACAGUCAAGGCUGAGAAGAAGGUUUCCAGCAGCCCCAUGAAGGCGGUGGAAGGCACUGACAUGAUGAAGGCAGCCAUGUACUCGGUGGAGAUCACGGUGGAGAAGGACAGAGUGACUGGGGAGACCAAGGUCCUGUCCAGCACCACCAUGCUCCCCCAGAACCACUGUCUGCAGGGGGUCAAAGUGUACGAGGAUGAGCUGAAAGUGGUGCACGCAGUGAGCGCCGAGGAUGGGGCACUACAGAACGGUGCCCACCCCCUCAGCUCCUCCGAAGUCGAUGAGCUCCUGCAUAAGGCAGAUGAGGCCACCCUGAGCGAAGCUGCUGGGCGUGAGGCCUCAGCCAAGGCCGGUGGGGAGGCUGGCAGUGCCCCGGGCAGCCAGAAGCCAACGCCACGACGGGAGAUCACGGGGCUGCAGGCCAAGCCACGGGAAAGCACCACGGUGCUGCCAACGGGCGAGGGGGUAGAACCGAGCCGAGAGCAGCCUGUCACCAUGAUCUUCAUGGGCUACCAGAACGUGGAGGACGAGAACGAGACCAAGAAGGUGCUGGGGCUGGAGGGCACCAUUAAGGCCGAGCUGGUGGUGAUCGAGGACGCCGAGAGCAAGCCGGAGCCGGCGCGCAAGGACCACGCACCGCCCAACGGCACCGCGCUGGAGCCAGCAGCUGCCCAGCCGGUGGGGGAGGAGGGCCCGGGCGGGCAGAAGCAGGGCGCCAACGCCACAGAUGCCAAGGAGGCGGAGCAGGAGACGGACGUGAAGAAGCAGCGCUGCAAGUGCUGCACGGUGAUGUGAGCCCCGCCGGCCCCCCACCACCGCUGGAGCAGGAUGCCCCCGCCGAGCCCCCUCCGCCCCGGCCCCCGCUAGCCAGGCCCGCUGCCCCGGCACGCCGGGCCCCCUCUCCCGCCACACACGGACCCUCCUUCUGCAGAACCGGGGAGAUCCAACCAGGCGCAGCAGGCAGCAUCGAACCACGGCACUGCUCACCCCAUCUGCCCGCGCUGCAUCCCCACCAGCGCUGCCCGUGAUAUUUAUUAGAGACCCCCUGGCCCCGCGCCGCGCCCACCCCUCACCCUGCGCUGGAGCCCUCCUGCCACCAACGCUGGAGUCUGUCCCUCCUCUCACCGGCAACUUCCCACCCACUGUCAGAGGACAGAGCCGGCUGGGCUGGGGGAUCGGAGGACACCGAUGCAUCCGUAGAUGACUCCCGGGAAGCCGGUGGCCAGUGAGACCUCUGCUUGGUCCAGCCCACGGUGGGCACAGAGUCAGCCCCAUGCCAGUCCCUGUCUCCAGACCUCCAGCAUCCACUUCUCCCGCGGGGAAAGGCCCUGGGCUGUUUCACUUCGGCUGCCCGUGAGCGUCCCUGCUCCAUCCCACAUCCUUGUCCCUCCACUCCCGGACUCCCCAAGCCACGAGUCCCUCUGCGAUGGAGCAUGUCCAGGCGAGGGAGGGGCAUUGAGGGCAGUGUCCCCUCCACGAUGCUCAGCUGGGUCAGGAACUCACAGGGGGCCGUGGGGUCAGCUCCAGUUUGUCCCCAGGGCUGUGGGUGAUUAUACUCUUCUGCCCUGGACUCAGCUCCCCGUGCAGGAGCUCCUUGCCCUGGCACUCGCAGUGACACCAAUGCCGCAGGCUCCUGCGGGGCUACUCCUCCAUCUCGGCUGCCAGGGCUGUACCAGGCGAGGGGGAUGAGCAGAGCUGUGAGCAGUGCCAGGGUCCUCCUAGGGUGACGUGGGUGGUGAUGGCAGCGAGGGAAGGGGAGCUGGAGGAGCUCAGCCUCCCGGGGACUGGGAUGGGGAGGGAGCUCCAGUACCUCCUCAUGGCAGCGGGAGGGUGACCCAGCACCGUGUGCCCUCCCCAUUCUCCUGCCCGGCCACAGCAGCUCUGCAGAGCAGCCUCCCGGGGCCCUGGGCUGCAGCUCCAGAUUCCCCAGUCCGGGAGCUGCUGGGGAUCCCACAGAGAGCAUCCUCAGGAUGCCCUGUCUGUGCCAGGACUGUGAGCAGCCCUCCUUGCCCCCCCUCAUGCCCCAGCCCUUCAGGGGGGAUUUCACCACCAGCACCAGCGUUUCUUCCCCACUGAGACUCUCUGGGGAGGGCAGGGGGGGCACCCAUGGGUGCUGAGCCCUGUCCAAACCCUGCAUACUUCUACCACAGGAGCUGCCACAUCUCAUGGGCACUGGGUAUAUGGCUUCUGCUGAGUCCACUCCCUGGGUCCAGCAAGCCAAGGGCUGCCCCAGGGGAGGUCCCAUCUCCUGCCAGUCCUGCCCAAACACUUGGGGACUCAGAGUCCUGUGUGCAAGGGUUGCUUCUGCUGCCCAGUGCCCCACGUCUGCUGCCUCUGAGGAUGGGGUUGGCAGUGCCCGAUGCCUGCACCCUGGGGGCAUGGGAACUAUGAGCGGGGAGCAGCCAGGCAGGAGCGCAGCCCAGCUGCCAGUACAGAGAUCCUCAUCUGAGUGUGACUGGGUCUCUGCUGCCAAGUGCAUCUGGGUGAGUGCCCAGGCAUCCCCCAAGCCCCCCAGCAAAGUGUGGGCAGAGCAACCCUUGCCCUGCCCUGCCCUGCCCUCUGGGAUAUGGGUGGCAGAACAGCCAGGGAUUGAUUUUAGCUCCCAACGUUUUCUUGCCCCCACCUCUCUUGUGUGAGCAGUGACCCCCACGAGUCAUCCCAGUUGCCCCCCACUUACCACCCAGGUUGCAGUUUUAUCCCAAGUGGCAUCACUGCAGGGACUGGGGAGGGGCUGGUGCCAAGGCCGGGAGCUGUUGGAGGUUCACAGUGCUGCUGUGCCAGUCCUGCUGUGGAGACUCCAGCCCAGAGCCGCAGCUGGGCACUGAAAGCCUCUUUGAAGAGGCAAAGUUGGGGAAGGAGUGGGCCAGGGCUGGCACCCCCGAGGAAGGGGGAGCCUCUCCUAGGGGCAUUGCUGGAGCCCCAUUGCCAGGGCCUGGAUGCUGUGCAGCUCUUGCCCCAUAGAUCCUGGGGGACUGGCCUAGGGCAUGGUGUCUGGCCAGGCUGCACAUCACCUCCCCCCCCCCGCCCCCACUGGGGACCAGCAUCACCUGCCCCAUGCCACCCUGCACCCUGCAAUCCUCCCCGACCCCAAGCUGGGACCCCCCUCUCCCACCCUCAGCACCCAUCCCCUGCCUGCGUUUUGGGUGGCUUCGGACCCAGCGCCAGCCCCCAGCCUCAUCUGGCCUCCGCGGUGGCAGGGAGCAGGAUCAGGCCCCGCGAGGCCAGGGUUGGCAGGGGCUGAGCACCGCCCCCGCCCCUCCCAGUGCACCCCAGCCCCAUCCCUGCUGCCCUCUGCCUGGCCCCGCUGAAGUGCACUUCCCGCGCUCCUGAGCUUUCCACUUGUGCCGAAGCCGUUUGAAGUUUUCUCCCUCCCCAGCCCUCCCCUGAUGUUUGUAAAACCGAGCAAAUAAAACUGUGUGACCAACCA